CAAAUGCAGUUUUUUGUUCAUUGGAAAACUUCACGAAACUCUCUCCAAGUGAAACUUACAUUUGUAGAGAAAUCACUGUACUUGAAAAAUGAAUAAUCUAAAUAAUCCACAGCACUGGAACAUACGCCCAGAUGAAGGUGGUGGAGAUGGGAGUAGAUGGAAUUAUGCCCUGCUUGUCCCCAUGCUGGGGCUUGCUGCGUUUCGUUGGAUAUGGUCAAAGGAAUCUGAAAAAGAAAUAAUGAAAGCAAAAACAGAAUAUAUUCAGAAAGUGACACACUUGGAGAAGAAUCUUGAAACAAAAUAUCGUGAGAUUAUUUCAGAAAACCGCCGUACAGUAGCUCACUUGGAAAUUGAACUUGAGAAGGAGCAGAGCAGAACUAUCAGCUAUCGUAGGGCUCUCAUUUCCCAGAGUCAAAAGCUUGUGGAGGAAAGGAAGCUCUUGGAGCAGGAGAAAGAAAACCUAAAGCAGGAACUAAGAGCAGCACAGCAAUCAGGAGCCGCAGGUGCCUUGUAUUCAAACUACCUGAGAGAAGAAGAAGAAUGGCAGAAGAAGGCUAAAAGCUUGCUAAAGGAGUUUGAAGAUGAUCUCACGGAGAGACAAAACAUUUACUGUAGCUUUAUAACACCUAAAGUUAAAAGGCUAGAAAUAGAAAAGAAAAUGCUUAUCAAAUCUGUAACUAAUCCAGUUGCGGUUGAAUUAGAAGUUGAGGAGGGCUUGAGUGACAUUUUUAAACACGAUAACCACUGUGCUGUCUUGAUAAACACCAAUAAACAUCAGAAUGGCAGACUAAUGUGGGUUUAUCUGAAGUAUUGGGAACUGACGGUAGAACUGAAAAAAUUCAAAAAAGCAGAGGAAGCUAUGCUAGGUAAAAAGGAAAUGUAGCUGUUGUUUUUUUCACAUUACAUGUACACUUUUUACCAAACAGUAGUACAACGUGAUCUUGAUUAAUUCUAGAUUAAAGGUCUAGUUGUGGCCAUCUACAACACUACUAUAAUGUUUUGCUUCUGUAUAUGUAUGUUUCUUUUAAAGGUAUAUUUCUCCCACCGUACAGCGUUGCAGUAUAUGUUGGUGCUUUUUAAAUAAAUUGUAAUCAUGGUUUA